AGUUAGCGGCUAGAACAUCCUUAGCUGCUCUUCUUGGAGAACCCACAUUCUUGGUUUUGUUCAUUACUGCAGAAUAUGAAGCAAAAGAUAACCAUUGAGGCGAACAUUUGGUGUGACAAAUGUCGGUCCAAGGCCAUGAAAAUAGCUGCUGUAGAAGAUGGUGUUAAAUCAGUGGCUUUCAAGGGGGCAAGGAGAGACCAAAUAGAGAUAAUCGGAGACGAUGUUGAUGCAACGGGAUUGACCGGAUUGCUGAGGAAGAAGCUCGGCUAUGCAGACUUAGUGAGCUUGGAAGAAAUAACCGAAACGAAAGUUGAUAAAGAGGAAAAGAAACCUAGCCCUGAUUGUCCAAUUAGGGGAAGAAGAGGUUGUCACCACCAUGAGAUGGAAUUGCACAUCUAUGAUCCACCAUCAGGGGGUUGCACCAUUAUGUGAUGAUAUAUAUAUGGCCCCUCCACUAAGGAUCCGUUUUUGU